CUCAAACCUUGAUUGUGUUGUUUACUGGUCUAAACCAGAGAAGAGGGCAUUUGAGGUGGUCAUUGCAUAUGGGUAUACUGGAAAAGCUGGGCAUGAAAGAUUUGGAGCAAGAAUCAUACCCAAAAUUAGAGGAUUUUGCAGCACUUCCAUUUUUCGCUCUCUUCUUCCCAACUAUCAGAUUCUUGCUUGAUAGAUUCGUGUUUGAGUAUGUGGCAAGAAGGUUGAUGUUUUCAGAGGGGCAGCGGGUGAUGGAAAAUGAGACAGACGAGAGGAAGAAAAGAAUGAGGAAAUUCAAGGAAUCAGCAUGGAAAUGUGUGUAUUUUCUUUCAGCUGAAGUAUUUGCUCUUGCUGUAACUUAUAAUGAGCCAUGGUUUAUGGACACAAAAUACUUUUGGGCUGGACCUGGUGAUCAGUUCUGGCCCGAUCAGAAAUACAAGCCUAAAUUGAAGGCACUUUACAUGUAUGCUGGCGGGUUUUACAUGUAUUCCAUAUUUGCACUUGUAUUUUGGGAGACGAGGCGGGCUGACUUUGGUGUUUCUAUGAGCCACCAUGUUGCUACUGCAAUACUCAUUGUCCUCUCCUAUAUAUUCAGGUGUGUUUUUUCGGAGGUUUGCACGGGUUGGUUCAGUGGUAUUAGCACUUCAUGAUGCUAGUGACAUAUUUCUUGAAAUAGGAAAAAUGUCCAAAUACAGUGGUGCUGAGACUCUUGCUAGUGUUGCAUUUGUUCUGUUUGUUUUGUCAUGGGUUCUACUUCGCCUUACGUACUAUCCUUUUUGGAUUCUGUGGAGUACAAGCUAUGAAGUUCUCUUGACAUUGGAUAAGGAGAAACAUAAAGUUGACGGACCAAUUUAUUACUAUCUCUUCAACACCCUUCUAUUUGGCUUGCUUGUUCUUCACAUCUAUUGGUGGGUGUUAAUGUACAGAAUGCUUGUUAAACAAAUUCAAGCCAGAGGCAAAGUCAGUGAAGAUGUUCGGUCUGAUUCUGAGGAUGAGGGUGAACAUGAGCAUGAAGAUUGACCAUACCAGAAUGUUUUUCAUUCUCACUCCCUGCUCAGAAGCCAAGUGAAUACGAAAAGUCAAUAUUGUCACAUAUGACGUGGUUGCGUAUUGUGAAGUUUGUGGUUAUCAGUUUGUGAGUUUUAUGUGGACUUGCACUUUUGCCGCGGGAAAGUGAUGCUGUACCUGCGCGUACACUAAUUCAUUUUUCAUAUUGCAUUUAUUAAUUAUUUAUAUUUUGUUUGAGUUCAUUUCUGCUUAAUUUGUGGAAAAAUUAAUAUUUGCUGGUGUCGGGACCAUUGAGAUUUGAGAUGAAUUCUCCAUAUUAAAAGCAGUUGGAUGGUGUCAAAGUGAGUUUUUCUGAAGUGUUCAUGUGGACUCGCUAUAAUUCUACAUGAAAAUUAAUUUAUACUUUGUAUGAGUCUCAUUGACCCAGGUGGACCUUAUGACUUUAAAUAAUUUUAUUUUUACAUUUUGUGAUUUGUACACAUGAUUCUGGGCUAAAAUAGGCAGUUGUGUUACUUCUAACUUUCUAUUAAUAGAUUAAUAGAAAAGUUGGGUACGUUAUCCCUGGUGUAACACAUGUGUAUGACGAGCUAUUAUUAAUGUU